GAGAUCGCGGCCCGGGCCAGUACAAGCCGGCAGGCGCUCCGGACCAGUUCGUGUUUUCCCGUCACACCGCGAAUCGCCGUGGCCCCCGUCGUGGUCGUCAAUCGUCACUCGUCGUCGUUGCUAGUUAUUGCGCCGCUGUGACAACGUCGUCACCGCCGCGAAAACGAUAUUCGAUCACAUUCGAUUGUACGCGUACGAAUCCGGUCACGCCGCCGACGAAUUAUUUUAUUAUAAUAUUGCAUUUUGUUUCGUCGCUUGAAUUUCGCACGUUCGCCAAUAUUGUACGUUUGAUUUUUUUUUUUUUUUUUUUUUAUCGUGGUUUUUCGACGAAAAGUUACUACCGUUUAUUUAUAUCCAUUGAACUAUUUUCUGUGCGUUUUCGGCCAUGAGGACCAGACGGUGACGUCCGGAAAACCGCGAGACGGAAAAGGACAUUUCGGCAGAUUUCUAUUGGAUAUGCUGCUCGCCUACGUUUCGAUUUAAAAUUAAACAUGAACCAACAGUGCAAAGUUUGCGGAGAACCAGCCGCCGGUUUCCACUUCGGGGCUUUUACUUGCGAAGGCUGCAAAUCGUUUUUCGGAAGGACUUACAACAACCUGAGUUCGAUAUCGGAAUGCAAGAACAACGGCGAGUGCGUGAUCAACAAGAAGAACAGGACGUCGUGCAAGGCGUGCAGGCUGCGCAAAUGCCUCUUAGUGGGCAUGUCUAAGAGCGGGUCGCGGUACGGCCGCCGGUCCAAUUGGUUCAAGAUACACUGCCUGCUGCAGGACCAAAACGCAGCGGCGGCCGCCGCGGCCGUCGGGCACCACCAGCCGCACCAUCACCACCAACACCACAACGGCAGCAGUCGGUCGUCACCGCACCACCAGCAGCAGCAGCCGCCGCACCACCAGUCGCAGCCACCGCCGUUUGGUUCGCCGCUAUACCCGGCCGGUCUGGUGCACCCCGGCCACCAUUUCCUGACCACUGACAAGUUCCUGCAGGCCCGGCUCAACGGUUACGGGGCCGCCGCUGCCCUGAUGACCGCCGCCGUCCAGGACGACGCGUCCUGCCGGCGUCAAGCGGCCGCUGACGCCAUCAUUGGCGGACACCACCAACAUCAUCACCACCACCGUAACCGCCAUCACAAUAACAACAACAACAACAACAACAACAAUAACAACAGCAUCGACCGAAGGCACCGUCACCGUUACGACGACGACGAGGAAGAUGACGACGACGACGACGAUUGCGGCGGUCGUCGUCGCCACGACGACGACGAAGACGACGGCGAACGCAACGACAACAACAACGACGGCGAUUCGCCGAAAGGAGGACGACGUCGUCGGCGCCGGCCUUCCGCUUCCGAUGAUUCGGGCGGCUCGUCCAUGCCCGACGACGAGGACAACCGCGGCAGUAACCACCGCCGCAAGACCGUCAGUCCUGUGCUCCGGCACCACCAUCGCAGCCCGUCCUGCACCACCGGCGGUACGCCGCCCGCGUUCCGUCAGCUGUCCACGUCGCCGUCCGCGUCGUCCACCGGUUCGGGCGACGCAAAACGCAUCCGGAUGUCGGUCAGCCCGUCGUCGGCCACCGUGGGCUCGUCGCCCGUUUCCGGUUUCCACUCGCCCUAUUACCCGCUGUCCGUCACCCGACCCGGGUUGACGCCGUUCGUGGGCGGCGGCCUCACGCUGUCCAUGGCUGCGGCCGGCUGGCAUGCAGCCGUGGCCGCGGGCCGCACGGCCGCCGGCGGCGAUCUGUUGCUGUCCAGCCCGGCGCCGGGUGGCGUGGCCGUCGAACAGGAAUACCCCAUCGACCUGUCGCUGAAGACCACGGCCGCCAAGUACAACCGGUCGCCGCCGCACGCGCCCCAAUCCGCCGGCGGACGGCACUCGGUGUCCGACGACCCGGAGGACGCGGCCACGGCCACGGCGCUACCGCCGUCGCCGUUGGACCUCACCAAACGGACGGCCGAAGUUUCGUUCGACUGACCGGCACACGACGACAGCCCGCGUUAUCGCUCCACGGGAGAAACCUUGCAGCUACUACUACCUAUACCACUGUUACUACCUACUACUACCACUGUCUACUAUUAGUACCAUCUGUCGUCGUCGUCGUCGUGUCCAAAAGUUGGAAGAAAUUUUUUUAUUUUUUUUCUCGGCAUCGUCCUAGUCAUUGUAUAAAGAGAAAAAUGAAGUGAAAAAAAUGAAAAAAAAAAUAAACGGCCGUUUCCGAUUUCGUAAAGGCGCGAAAUGCCUAUAACAUUAAUAAUAUAUUAGAACGACGCCGCGAUGAUCCGAACGAUGCUCUGCGCGUGUAAUAACGGCCCGUAUGAAUACCUCCGGUCUAGGGUGGGCGAGGGGAAAGCACGCGUAUCACGACGGACUCCGUGAUGAUGGUAUACACAAUAAUAAUAUAUAGGUGAUAUCAUUAUACCGGUUAUACGGUUACUAUGUGGUGCGGUGUGCGUGUUUACAUUGCGGUAACCCCGUUGUCCAUUUCGGGUUUGGGAGACGAAAACAAAACGGGAAAAAAAAUGAAAAUAAAUAAAUACUGCAGUGGGCACAUCUCGUGUCGCAGUGUCAAAGACAAUAGGAGUUUGUCACACUCGGUAACAAUGCCGGUGGGCGGCUGUCUUCGCGACAACGCAUAUUGUGCAUAUUAUAACAAUAUAUACACACAUACACCCUAGGCCCACACCCGUAAUUUAUUACCCGUAUUUUUAUGUUACAUAUAUUAUAAUGUUAUACGUGUGGUCAACAAAGCAGUAAUUUAUUUUUUUUUUUCUUAAGACGGAAUAAGACAAACUGCAUACAUUAUUUUAUUAUUAUUAUUAUUAUUAUUAUUAUUAUUAUUAUUAUUAUUAUCAUCAUUAUUAUUAUUUUUAUUAUUAAUAUUAUAAUUAUUAUUAUUAUUAUUAUUAUUAUUAGAUACGUCGUUUAGUUAAAAUCGACAUUAUAAUAAUAUUUUACUAUUUCUAUUUCGAUUUGUAGAAUAUUACAAACUGAAUAAUAAACGAACGGGUCUCGUGCGUGUUAUUGUAGUCGGCUCGUCGUCUACACAAAAUAUAUAAUAUUAUGAUAUGGAUAUGUUAUUUUUAUAGCUACGUAAUAUUUCGUAAGAUUUAAUAUUAUUACAUUUUUAAUUGAUAAAUUGUUAUUAUUUUUUUUUUCUUUCUUUAAGUUAUAGGGAUUCGGCCAGUAAUAGCAUUGUACAUACUGUAUUUCAUUUAAUAUUAUAUUACUUUAUUUAUAAUAAGACGUAAUUGUAAUUUUAUUUUAUUUUUCGUUAUCUAUGUAUAUGUAAAAAUAAAUUGUAUAAAUUAUUAAAAUUAAGAACCUGUUAAAAAUGAAGAAAAAUAGAAAUAAAAAAAAAAUUAGAUUUUAAAUACAA